AUGGCUCCCCGAUCUUUGAACGUAUUGAUUGCUACGGCGUUGGCUGUGGCUAGUGUUCAUGCCGGGCCCUGCAAGCCAUCGCUGGCAUCGUCAUCUAUCAUCUCGUUCUCGAGUGCGUUCUCCAGCGCGGAGACGCAGUCAACUACUGAGACAUUCUCAACGAUAGAAGUGCUGUCAUCGACUGAGACACAGACUACAGCAGGUGUUUUGUCCAGCACUGAGACACUCUCGACCGCCGACACGGAAACCACCGAGGCUCUGUCAACCACCACAGCCCUGUCGACCACGGAGGAGCAGUCGACCACUGACAUACUAUCGACCACUGUCUUUGAGUCGACAACAUCGGCUGAAAAAACCACAGCGGCAGCAACGACGACCACGGAGGCUGGAUGUGCAGUCGCUUGCACCCAUGUCAUCCAAAAGAGCGGCGCUUGUAUGAUUGGAUUCCAGAUCGCACCAUGGUUGAUCGACGAGUCUUGGCAUAUCGGUUCACCCACAGUAACUGAUCAGGCAGGUUGCGCCGACGCCUGUGCCAACGACUGUCGUUGCAAGUCCUUCGCUUCGUAUUACACUAGUUGCGACCUGUACUCGGGCACACAGGCCCAGAUAAAUCCGCCUUCCUUCUACCUCGGUCCUUAUUUCUUCGAUCUGGCGGGCUGUUAUGAAUGCGAUGAUUGAUAAGGGGGGUAUAACAGGGAGUUUGGAAGUGGCUAUCUUGGGGUGAUUGAGAUCAAGCCACAAGAUUCGACUUUCGGACGAUCCAAAGGCUGAAGCUGUAGCUUUCAGAGGGUUCAGUCGCUAAAAAGAACUUAUUAGGAAGCCAGCGAUAAUUUUCAUAGAACCAGAGUUAGAAACACGGGGUCGACUUGAUCUACUACAUGUUCCUUCUUGGUGCAACAUAGGCUCACGAGCAAUCAUGUCCGAGUCGAGCGUGCUUAUGCGCCAUGACUAGACAAUAUGGGCUGGCAACCUCUGAGGAGCUCCACCAAGUUUCGAGUCUUGGCUCCCAGGGUACAGGCAAGCCAACGACUCUGCCCUCGACUUGUAGCCUGAGAAUAUGAACC